CACGGAGCUGCGUCACACACAAUGUCACACAGCCUACUCUGUAGCCGUUUGCGCGCUGCUGUCACUUCUACUCGCCGAGACGGCGACUCAUCCAAAGAAAACAAAAUGACCUGGUGUUCACUGGAGAUUGGGUCCUGAUCCGCAGCAUCAAAAGAAAACACCAAGUGCUCCUCACGACUCCUACAGCCGUAAAGAUCGCAGAGAGGAAAACCGGGGUUCACCUUGCCCACUGCAAAAAGGUCAUCUCAACCGAGUCCCAAAGUCGAGCAGCUAUCUAACUGAAGUCUGACUGAACGGUGGGGGUGAGCUUAUAGUGCUCAUAAAUACUGCAGGUCAGUGAAGAGAGGUAUUAAGCAUCAGAGGUAUUAAGCAAAUCCAGGGCGCUCUUCCUGUUUAGGGGAACUCGGUCGACAUGACACUGCCGAGGUGUGCAAGAAAUCUCUUGAUCACCUAUGUGGUCAUCUUUUUGGUGGCUUUUACUUACAUGUACGGAAGUGUUCCCUACUUUAACAUAGAGGUGUUUUUGAGUAAAAGCGCACACACACCUGCUAAUGAUUUACCAAACAACACCGUGCUUGACAUAUUCUUUGAUGGUGAUAAUGAAAGCAUCAUGUGCAACGGUCCAGGGACAUGCGCUCACACCACAGAGACAUCCAUACCGAUUCAGCACCCGGUACAGCACACGGGAGAGCUUGGACAUAAGCGUCCUAAACGCCAAGUGUCACAGCUAAGAUCAUGUUACCUAAGGACAAGCGAUUCGUGUCAUGCGAUGGGGUAGAGUCGGGGCCGACUAGAAGUACAAUGAUCUGUUUUCCAGGGAACAAUGACGCUACUCUGUUCAUACCAUGGCAGCAUCUUCCGCUCACAAAAUGGACCGCUUCAGGUCAUACUGCUUUUACUCGGAAAAAGUCUCUUCACUAUGCAGAUCACGCUCGCGAUGCACAAAGUUACGGUCAGAAAUCUACUUGGUACAUGACGGCUAAAAGGAGGGCCUGGAGGGCACUGGUGGCAGAGGACGGUCACAAAUGGGCUGAUUGGACCUCUGACAUCUGUGCCACUUCCAUUCGCCCUCAAAUCAAUUUAACCCGUUUAGAGCCGGGAAUUCAAAUGCAAAUUAGGUCCGGAAAAUGGAAUUGUGGUGAUAAACCUUGUCUUUAUUUUGUCCUCUCCCCAUACGAAGGAUGGACUGACCCAAAAGGAGAUCCUUUUCAUCUCCUAAUCGUCUGUGUAUCCUCCUUAUUGGAAGACCCAGUAGAGGCAAGGCCUGUGAGUAAAAAUGUGGAGACUAAGCCGUCUGGAUUGAUAGAAAAGUUAACGAAUAAAGUUACUGUCGAUGAUAGAAUGGUAGCAGUUACUGGAGUUACACAACAAGCUAAUAACUGGCUUUUGUUAGCGGAAGCUGCUGGUGGAAUGGUUAAUUCUAGCUGUGUUGUAUGUAUGGGGCCCAGACCCCUGUUGCGUGUAGUACCAGCUCUCCUCCCGCCACGUUGUCUUCUGGAGGUCAUGACUAGAACCAUAUUGAGUAAGGCUUGUAAGAAAUGGGAUGUGGUGUAUCCACUGACCAAAGCUGCGAAGGGAAAGCCUCUAUUCUCCUCCGAAAUUGCAGUGGCUAACUUUUCUUGUAUUGAACUUUCAGGGUCAUUGAGCAGAGUGGGGAACCUAAAUCCCUCAUGGUGUAAGACAACCGUGUAUCAGACGAGUCCCUUAGUGCCGCGUAGCGACGUCUGGUGGUGGUGCGGUGGCAGCAGGCUCUAUGACACCCUAAGGAACUCAGUGGGGCUUUAAAACACCAGCUGGAUGCCACCUCUCUCGUGGCGUUCCAAACCAGGGUGGCCGUG